UGGGGUGUACAUUAUGGAUAAGUAUUGACGAGAAAUUGAACAGCACACAUUUUCAUUCUUCCACAAGCACCCCAGCAGAGGUGGCAAGGACGUGCCACCACAGUGACCACACUCUGCUCUUCACCGUGCUGCGAGGAUGACCACUAAGACGGCAGUAGUGGUGGUGGUGGUGCGCGGUGUCCUGAAUAUCUUUAAGGUUCUCGGGGGCUUCCCUUACUCAUGGGGCGACGCUCCCCCUUCACCCUCUCCAUUCGACCUUGCCCACUCAGAUGUAUCUAUCACUUCCGGCAGUUCAACUAAUCACGGAGACAACACGUCUGCUGGAUGCUGGGCGGGAAAGAGGGACUACUCACCCUCGUGUCAGCAGCUGUGUCCCAAGCUGAGGCGCGGCCUUGCCCACAAAGUGUGGGUGGUGGUCAUAAGCCUGACAUAUUUGGUUAUUGCUUCCAGUAUCCUUUAUGGCUUCCUGAAGAUUGACAUUCCCCAAUAUCUGAUUUCCAGUGCUGUAUUGUACAAAGCAAUAGAAUUUCUCACGGGAGCAGUGUUGCUAUACUUGCUGUUCCACCUGGUGAUGAGGUCUGAUCAUUUGGUGACCUUAGUGAGUCACUUGGAUAUCCUGCCACCAGGACAGUCCCUGCACACUUGGGCGUCCAUCCGCACUGCUUGUGUUAUUCCAAUUCCGAUGACAAUCUUGGCAACCACUAUCUGUACCAUGAUGCUUCUCCCACCGAGAGUGAAGUUGGAAUCCUUAACCAACCGUUUGAUUGCAAUCGUAAUAUAUUUAGGGCAAUCGCUGUUAGCUUUCAUAAUUUUGAUGACGUAUAAUGUUCUGCUGUAUCUGAUGUGUGUGGUGUUGGCUGCUCGAAUGCGGGACUUGCGGAUCACCUUGGAAGUCAUGAGGGAGAAAAGGAAUGGGAGGGGUGCGCGUCAGGUGGCUGGUCCGGUGGUGUGUGGCUUGUGGCGUGCCCAGAAACAACUCAACACCUACUUUGGCCCGCCCAUCAUGGUUAUAGUGGUAGUAAUGAUCCUUGUAACCAUCGCAAAUAUAUAUGAUAUUUUCUCAACAAGACCAGUCAAUGCCUAUAGCAUCGUGUAUGGUCUCACUGACCUCCUGAACCUCAUAUACUUGUGCUGCGCUCCGGGGAUGGUGCAUGACCAGCUGGAGGAUCUACGGUUUGUGAUGAGCAAGUGGAGGCUGGAGACCACUGACAGCCAGACAGAGAAAGAGCUGAUGCAUCUGCUCGACCUGGUGGACUCGUAUCCGAACUUCAGCAUUGGCGGGUACUUCAAACUGUCCCGAGCCACACUGGUAGACAUUCUGGGCUUCUCUGCAACAUAUCUGGUGGUACUGCUACAGUUUCAUGUUGGGGAAACUAACAGUACCACUUCUCAGUCACCCCAGACUAAGGAUUUCCCCAUGAUGUGAUUUCUGUUUUCUGUAUGUAUUGUAAGAAACAAGGCAUGUGAGGUGACCAGGGGUUUCUUAUAUUACGAGAGGAAAGUUAAGAAAGGCUCUAAACUGACUUGUAAAUAUGGGCAACAAGGUCCCUGUGAGAUUUAGGCAAGAUUUCACAAAGUUAUCUCUCACCCAGCAACAAUGGUUUCUUAAUUUUAACUGGAACAAUACUAAACACUAGGUUAAAACUGUCAGAUCAAUUGGAAAAGUAUAACAACAACAAAUGAUAGAUUGAUAAUUCCCCAGGUGAAUAACUGUACAGAAUAGCAGUAAUCACGAAGAAAAAAUAAUAAUUAUAGUACCUCUUAAUACCAAUGAGCUGGGCCAAAGUAAAAGCAAACCAUAGCCAGUACAUCAUAAUCAUCCAGUGUGCCAGUGUAUGCUAGGAUAAUAGCACAUAUGUACUACAACUACAUUUAGACUAAUACAAUUCUAAUAAUAAGUAAUCAGAAUUUUAAUAUACAUAACACCUCCUAUUGUCUGUGAUCUCUCUUUGUGGUGCUCUUAGUCUAAUGUAUACAGUUUAGGCAGCUUUUUAAUGUUACAUCAUCUAGUUAUUUGUUUCUAUAUUUACUUAUCUAUAUCUGAUACCUGUUCCUUGGAAGAAUAAACUUUUUUUUUAUUAAAUUCUUGAGUUCCCAGUUUCCAAUCCUUUCAUCCUCCUGUCUCUACUUUUGUUGUGUUCCAGCAGUAUUCUCAUGGCACACAUCCACUGUACGUAUCAUCCAUCAUGUACCUGAUACCCAUUCUUAGCUGUCUCACUUCUUGCCAUUCUUUCUUUGAUCACACCACCUCAGCAUGCAGUGCCUGACUCCUUCAGCUGCUCCACAGUGCUUUCACUCAUGUACUUUUAGUUGAUGUAAUAAAUCUGCCAUACACAUCUUUCAUAACUUUCACUGUCCAUUCUCCCCACAAUCCUUGAAUAUCUCGUGUCAACUACUUGGUGUUGGUAAUUUAAACAUUCAGUUUCUGUCAUAUUUAAUAGAAUUCAAUAGCAAUAUUUUUGCUAUAUACUUGUAGACAUGUUGCAAGAGAUACAAUCCACUUAGUUACUAAGAUGAUUGUACAUGACACUAUAAGAAAAACAAAUAAAUAAUGUCUUAACUCUUCUAAACAAAGCCAAGGCCUCAUGAAGACUAAUUUCACACAACUUGCUCACAACCAUGGCUGACUACUGGAAGUCCUUUCUAGUAGUUAUAACCUAUGAUAAAAUAAAUUUUUUACAUCUACCUCUCCCAAGUUAAAAUGAUAAAUCCUUGACUCCUUUGAGUGCUACAAUAGUAGGAAAUGAGUUGUUGAAUACCUCCCUUUUCGAGCAAAUCGGUUGCAAAACAAAAUUUUGAGCUCAAAAUAGCCAAAGUUAUUGCACCAUAACUUGGUUGCAAACAAUCCAAAAGAAAAAGAUUAAUGCGUUCCUAAACCGUGUUUGAGAGAGUGACGCAGCAUGCACUUUGUGCUCCCUGCUGCAUGCAUCCUCUAUCAAAUGCUUCUGUGUGCCUCUCAGCUGGAAUAAAUGACAAAUCAUAAUUGCCACAUUAGUGGCAUCUGAUAGCAAGACAGCAUACACUUAUCUCCCUGACUAACUGUCCUGGAAUAGGUGAAGCUCCUCUGUGCUGCAAUUAGCUGUGAUGACAAAUAUAGCGGCCCAAACAAACAUCUCGUGGAAUCUUGUGAUUCAUGAGACUUGCCAUGCCAGCAAAGCCUCUUGGAAAUAAUAUUGUUCAACGCACAUGAAUAAAAAUAGAAAAGAGAGGAACUAUUUUACAAUUGUGGGACACUAGAAAAAAUAAUUUCUAAGAUGCUUUGCUGGUAUGGCAAGUCUUGGGAAUCACAAGAUUCUGCAAGAUGUUUGUUUGGGCUGCCAUAUGUCAUCACAGCUAAUCACAGCACAAAAGCAGCUCACCUAUUUUGGUACAGCUAACAAUGCAUGAUAAACAUUGUCAAGAAGAUCAGCUUAUGCUGUCUUGCUAUCAGUUAGAUGCCGUUUCUAUAGCAAUGCAGAUCCUUUAUUCAUUCCUGCUGAGAAGCAUUUGAUAGAGGACUUGUGCUGCAGGGACAACAGCUACGGUGCAUGCUGAGAUGCUCUCUCAAAUGUAGCCCCAGGGUUCAGGAACAGAUUAAUCUACUUUACAUAAAUUCUAAUUAAAAAAAUAGUUUUUGGUUCUUGACCAUUUCAGUUUGCAAACAGACUUGAGGAAUUAACAAGUUAAAAAAUUGAGGUUCCACUGUUUAAAAUAACAAAAAUUCCUUCAGAGCACUGUACAUCCUAUGAGGGAAACCAUAACCUUCUGAACAGUAUAAAAAUGUAAAUACGUAUAUAUAUCACAAGAUUCCAAUAAUAAAUCAGAGGCACUUAAAGAUUUGAGUCAUCAAAAGCUCACUGUGUUGGCAAUGAGCUGCUGCCAACACAGGCAGUCCUCAUGUACAACACCUGAGCAAUCUGUCAGAUGAUGAAGGAUUCUUCAAAACAAAAUGUGCUAUUAAAGCAGCAACAUGACCAGAAAUAUCUCUGAACAACAAAAUAUUGAGAGUUUACAAAUGCACUGGGAAGAUGUAAACUUCCUGUUGAAGUAAAAGUGAGCAAAUACUGAUACAGAGAAUCAAAACACAAUUACCACAUAAAUAUUUGCCAAAUAACACUAUUUCAUAAAUAAUACUAGACAUCCCAACACCUGACAUACAGGAAUAUAAUGUCUGACUAUUAUCAGAAUAUCUACCUACUUGUAAGUUAAAGUUAAAACUCUAUUAUAUUAUAAUAUUGAAAAUAUAUACUUUCUUGUAGAUGAAAUCUUGCACACACAUCCCACUUAAUGCUAAUGACAUAUUCAUAGUAAAUGAGUAACUAUGGAUAAUUUUCUUAUAAAGGAAAAUAUCCUUGGCUUUAACUCUUACAGUACCUACAACAAAAUUAGAUGAAUGAACACUUUGCACUUGCAGAUUUCAGUAAGUCUGUGGACUUGUGUUUGAGGAAGUGAAUAUACCUGUUUGUGGCAUGCCACUCUGAGUGAGUGAGGGACAUCCUCAUAAUACUUCACCUUCUUUUUAACAUCUAAACCUGUUCCUAACAAUAUAAGCAAAUAAACAUAUUACUGAACCUCUUGACAUGUAUCUUUUCCUUGAGUGCUUCCUCUCCCCGUGGGAGAAGGAGGGUGAGUCAGGUCAACAUUCAAGUUCAAUCGACUCGUUUCUCACCUGGUUGCCACAAUGGAAGAACACUCAGACACUGCCCCAUCCUACACUGUCUUGCAUAGCCAGACCAAGGAAUUUGUCUACAGAAUUAACAGAUAUUUCUCAAAGAGAGAAGGCAUAUUAAGGACCACUUCUAUCAACAAAUCAAACAAGAAAGAGAACAGUGGAAGCAGUGGGAAUAUCUAAAGCCACAGUUAACAUGAUAUAACCAAUAUUUUUACUGUGUUUAAUUUAUUAAUCUCAUAAUUAGCUGUAGAGAUAAGCAUUAAAUUGAAUACAUAAGAGUUAUUCCAUUUUCCUUGAAGUAAUGGGAGGUAUGGUAACAUCAUAUGGAUUGGCCACUCCUUAUGGGGCACUAUAAACUGGUCUAUAGUAUAAGAAUUUAGGAUUUAUCAAUUUAUCAGUUAUCAGUUGUCAGGGGUCAUAUUUAUGAGUAUUGCCAGUUAUUGAUUACCAGUUACUGACAAUAAGGUUCUUGUUAUCAAAUUAUUGGCUAAUGUGAUAAAUCUUUUUAUUACACUCAGCUAUGUUUGUAAUCCUAUAUCUCACUGUGUAUGUGUGUGUAUUUUCAAGUACAGUAUAAUCAUAUCAGCUAAUUUUAGAAAUUUAAUUAUGAACUGAAAUGACCAUCACCCAGAAAUGAGGUGCUAAGCAGGUGUUCGUCUAGCCUCAUUCAAAUGGUUCCUCAUAAGUUGCUGAAUUCACAAUGUAACAUUAAAAAUUGUUCACUAAAAGUUGCUGAAUUAACACUACAGUCAAUCCUCUGAUUUCCAGACUAAUUGUGUUGGAAUAUGGUCCAGAAUUAGAAAAAGUCUGUAUAUUAAAAAUAAUUUUUGACUUUCCCCAAGGAGCUCACAUAUUAAAUAUUGAUUAUGAUUUCUUUGAUUGUAUUGUGUUAUAUUUCAAUAUAAAGCAGAUAAGAAAACUACAGUACAGUACAUACUGUACAAUAUAGUGUACUGUACAGUAGUGUACUCUACUGCACACUACAUUCUGUUGCACCAACAAAGUCAGUCUUUGGUGUUUGGUAGGCUUUGCAGGCAUGGUAAAUUACAUGAGUGCUGAAAUAUUGUGAAAUGUGGUGCAGAACAACUUCAUUGGGCACAUGUACUGCCAUCUAUUGGACAUAAUUUUGUAACACUAGUUACUUGGUUAUUGAUAUGCCCAUAGUCAUAUUUUUUUGUCUGGAAAUCUGAAAGUCUAGAAAGGUGAAGUAAGGAAAUUUGAGGGUUGACUGUAUAAUAACUAUAAAAUGACAAGACUAUAAAGAGUAAAAAAACAUGAUAACACUGAAUCAUGUCUCAAGAGUUGAGCAUUGCAUGGGAUAACGUGAUCAUGAGCCAAACAUUUGUGUUGCAACUUUAACACUUGCUUUUUUCAGAACCAAAGAGAUUUUGCAUUUUCUUCAACAAGUUAGCUUGCAUUUCAGCAUAGUUACUGUUUAUUCACUGAAUUUAACAAUGCUGAGAAAAACUUGGCACUACAAAUGUGAAUCAGAAGAUUGAUCUUUGUCUCAAAAGUUUCAAACAGCCUAAGGAAUGUAUCAUUUUUAAAGCCAUUAUCAAUAUGCUCAGUUGAUAAAUUAAUAUUACACAUAAAAUUUAAUACAUAUAUCUGUUAUAAUAAUCACAGAAACAGUUGUUUUAUCAAUAAGAAACAGAUGAUGGUGAGGGGGCUGCCACAUCAUAGGAUGCUGCACAAAGCCCAGCAAAUGAGUGACAACCACACAGAGACCAUGCAAGUGUCAGGAUGCAUCAAUAAGCCAGGACUGACGAGGUCUUUAUCUUUGGGCUAGAAAACACUCAAGCCAUGGCAUCUAAACUACAAUACUUCUUUCACUGAAAAACCAAGUACUCUAUCCCCUGAGCAAGAUCACUAUAAGGUGAGUAUAAGGUCAGUAAAGACACAACAUGAGAAAAAUGGUAAAGAGAUAAAUCACAACAUGAGUGCAGUGAGAGGAAGUCUUGGAGAGAUGAGGCAUUCUGAGCCACACGUUUAAGAAUAUCAACUGAUGUCUGAUAUUAAUGUCUGAUACUGAUGUCUGAUACCAAUGUCUGGAAGAUAUGAGGAGGCACUAACACUAAUACAUAACUCAAACUGGAGUAACUACAUUAUUAUAAAAUACCUAGACUAACUUCACUAUGAAUAUUUGGCUCUCAUCAUUGUUAAUUCGCACAUUAAAAAAAUAUGUCCCCACAAAAAUAUAUAAUGUAGACUCACAAAUGUGAAAUCUAUAUAACAUUAUCAAACAGGAGUAUAUUCACAGCAUUAGUUUUAUAAAUGUAAUACCUUUAGCUAAUAUUGCUUAGAAAAAUACACCAAAUUAAUAAAUAACAGACAAGUCUUUAAAAUAUCACAUCAAUAUAUGGAGUUAUUAGCAUUCAUGGAUAAAAAAUACUACAUGAAACCCAUAAUGACUUUGGGUCAUGUGAACUAAAAAAAAGUAACUGGCAGAAUGCUGGAAUACAUUGAAGAGGAAUUAAUUAAAAUGUUAAAAUCUCAUGUGCUGGAUUAUUAAAUUUUUUUAAAUUUUAUUUUUCUAUUUUGUGUGUGUGUGUGUGUGUGUGUGUGUGUAUUUACCUAAUUGUAACAUACGGGAAAAGAGCUAUGCUCGUACUGUCCCGUCUCCAUAUCUAC